AUGUUUAAGGCUGCAUUCCCUUCUAUUCUGUGUCUCCCGCUUAUUGUAGACGUACCCUGCAAAGUUCAGCCUGAGAGCUGUGAGUCCAAGGAGCCGAAACCAGAAGCUGUUUCUCUCAAUCAUGAGACAAGAGAGCAAACCACUGACCAACUCGAGCAGAAACAAUUGAACAAAGAACCAAAUGCCAAGUCUGCAACAGACAGCAAACUUCCACUCAAACCUAAGAGUAGAACAACUGGUCACAAACGCAGGGCAAAAAAUCAUCAUGUUUCUAUUUUCAGGACGGAGAACAAAGCUCCUCAAAACAGAAAGGUCACUGACUAUUUUCCCAUCAGACGGAGUAACAGAAAAACUAAAACCGAGCUGAAGGUAUGA